CUGGGAUUUUGCGCGAAACUGCACAGAGUAUUAGACUUAUAUAUUGUAUUUUCUCUUACUUUAACCUGAAACAUAAGUGAGAAUCCGAUUCCCUGGUACAGUUUCACUUCUACGCUUUACAACUACACUGAAAAGUCGCACAAAAAAAAACUUACAUGUUGAAUUCCCCUUCAAGCAGACCGCUUUCAAACAAACUGCAACAUAUCAGGAAAUAAGUUUGUCGUCAGAGCUUCCUCAUUUGACAGUCGUGGACAAGUCAGCACAGCAGGCUGCAACACGUCAACAUGUCGGUCAUUGACUGUCUUGAAUCCGGACUAGACUUCAUUGAAAUCCUGGGAGAAAGAAUAUCUUACAACAGAAGCAAGAAUGAACUCCGCGACAUAUACAACCGUGAAUUUAGGGGCAGAAGACAAGGCAUAAGAGACCCCAACUUUUCCAAUGUGCUCCAUGCUCUUGUGAAAUUCAACAAAGUUUACAUAAGACAGGGGACGGUCUUCAUAAAUGUUAAAUCUAAGGUUCGAGUGUACUGUGACCAAUGGAGGAGGCCCCGGGACCCUCAAACAUCCAAGACCCCAGCACCACCCUCUGGCCCCUCAACCCCCUUGAACUCAGUGCUGACCCCAAAGAAAAAGAUGGCUAUCAAAAUCCUUCACGAGUUAAGGGUGAACAGGAUAGGGUUGACGUCUGACAAGGGGGGCAUCGUGAUCACUUCAGACCCUGCUGCAAGUGCUGAGAAGGUCAAGUUCACCGUAGAACGUCUGAGAGAGCUGUUCAUUAUCAAGUUCCACAUCUUGAACAAGGGCACAGACUGUAUCAACUUCACCUACUACACCGCCCUGCACAAGUUCCACUGUUUCACUCUGAAGGACGAGAGGAACGUGACAAGAGCCUGUCCGCUCUUCCUCUGUCCUGGAGAAUCCUAUGAGGUUGUUGUCCGAUACACACUCAGCCACUAUGGAUACUUCCCCGCCACAAUGUACUUUGAGUUCUGCCCGGAUCUGCAGGGAUCUGUGCCGUUCUGCAUCGUGAGGGAGGUGGAAGCAUUAGCCAAGACCCCGCUAGCUGUGGACCUCGGACCGGUGUCUCCUUACAAACCAUUUCAAAUGGUCACGUACAAACCUGUGGACACAAUGGUAGUGGAGGGGGUCCCCCCUGUGAGUGCUGUUUUCCAGCUUCUACAGAUGACGGUGAAAUUAAAAGAGUACAGGUACCCUUAUUACCUGAAGGAGCUGGCUAAACAUAGGAUGGAGGAAUCGGAGUACCUCUCAGCAGAAGCCAGGCAGAGACUUCCACCAGUGAAGAAUCUCCUCAACUCCUGCCUAACGAUGAAGACAUACUCUGAUCGAUUCCACCUCCUGCUGCACAUGGAGGAGAUACAAAUGGAGGUGGACAUCAGGAAGUAUGACCUAAAAAAUCAGACCAUGACUAAAGACCCGAGCAACAAAAAGCUGCUCAUUCUCAAUGUUCCUGGGGUUGCUGAGAAUCGACCGUCUGUCAUACGAGGAGAUUGUCUGAAGGUGUCUGGAUCUGAGGACACUGUGCAGCCGAUCACUCAGUACUGUGGAUAUGUGCACCGAGUAGAGCUGGACAGUGUGAAGCUGGGCUUCUCCAAGAAGUUUUUGCAGAUUUUUGUCAGCAACAUGAAGUUGGACGUGGAGUUUACUCUGAACCGGCUCACCUUGAGGCUGCAGCAUCGUGCAGUGGAAAUGGCGGUCAAACAUCAGCUGGAGGAGGUGCUGUUCCCUUCUGAGACAGCAGGAGCUAAUUUACCAAUGCCUAAACUCAGGAUGUGUAACAGUCAGGUGGGAAAAAACCCACAGCAGAAGGCCGCAGUCCAGCACAUUGUAGCCGGAUCAUCAAAGCCUGCUCCUUACCUUGUGUUCGGACCUCCUGGAACUGGAAAGACGAUCACAAUGGUUGAAGCGAUGAAUCAGGUCAUCAGGGCAGACCCGUCAGCACACAUCCUCGCCUGUGCCCCUUCAAACAGUGCGUGUGACCUCCUCUGUCAGAGACUGAUGGUCCACAUGGAUACUCAUCAGUUUUACCGUCUUUACGCCAGCAGCCGAGACCCCAGAACUGUCCCCAAGAACCUACUUAAACACUGUAACUGGGACCAGGAACAGGAUGCUUUUGUGUUUCCAGACAAAUCUUUCCUGAUGAAAUACAAAGUCAUUGUUGCAACUAUGUUCACAGCUGGCAGGCUGGUGUCUGGAGGAGUACCAACGGGCCAUUUCACUCACAUCUUUGUGGAUGAAGCAGGUCAGGCAGCAGAGCCGGAGUGCAUCAUGGCUAUUGCAGGUCUGCUCAAUGCGAGAACGGGUCAGCUGGUGCUGGCAGGGGACCCCAAGCAGCUGGGACCGAUCGUUCGAUCACGUCUGGCUCUGCAGCAUGGACUCGGGCUUUCUCUGCUUGAGAGGCUGAUGGAGCAAAACACUUUGUAUCAGAAAAAUGAAGCCACUCAAUGCUUUGACAACCGCUUUGUCACCAAACUCUUGCAAAACUACAGGUCUCAUGCUGCCAUCUUGAAAAUCCCCAAUGAGAAGUUCUACGACGGUGAGCUGCAGGAGUUUGCUGACAAGAGGGAGCGUGAAACCUACUGCAACUGGGGGCCCCUCCCCAAAAAGGGUUUCCCAGUGAUCUUCCAUGGCGUGAUGGGGAAAGACGAGCGAGAGGCCAACAGUCCGUCUUUCUUCAAUGUGUCAGAGAUCGAAACUCUGAUGGACUACCUCACAAAGCUGCUGGACACACAAGGAAAGAAGGGUCUCCCGAGACUGUCUGCAAAAGACAUCGGCAUCAUCGCCCCCUACAGGAAGCAAGUGGAGAAAAUCCGAAAGGCCCUGCGAUCUGUUCCAGCUCUGAGGCAGUGGGGCGAUCUCACAGAGCUCAAGGUGGGGUGUGUGGAGGAGUUUCAGGGACAAGAGAGGAAGAUCAUCAUGGUGUCUGCAGUCCGCAGCAGCAUGAGCUACGUCAAGAUGGACAUGAACUUCAACAUUGGAUUCCUGUCCAAUGCAAAGAGGUUGAACGUAGCCCUGACCAGGGCCAAGUCCCUGCUGAUAGUGGUGGGAAACCCUGUGAUCCUCAACAAGGACCCCUUCUGGAAGGAGUUCAUCAGCUACUGUGUGAAGGAGAAAGGUUACGACGGCUUUAACCCUGAAGACGCAGAAGGAGAAGAUGAGCUUGUGGCGACACUGUUAACCCUGAAAAUCGUUGUGGAUUCUGGAAAUCCAGAGUCAGAUGAGAAUCCCCUCCAGAAGGACCUCGAGUGGAAAAUUGAGCAGUGAAAUCACCAUCAAACAUCUUUCUCAAGCAAGGCACCAUUUUCAGUGAAAUUUUCAACAAAUCAAAGACGCAAACAUAAAGAAGCGUAGCAACUUUUCAGCAUUCAUUUUUCCUCUUUUGUCUUUCAACACAACACUGACAUCUGUCAUUUCAGAAAAUAUCCUUUCAUGAACUUUUCUAAGAGCAGUUUGCAUUUUUUGGUGCGAUGAAGCUGUGCUCUGUUUUUCAUGAUAACACUGAAAUUGUCUUACUUUGUCUCUUUAUUUGCUUUUUAAAAAGUGCAGCCGAGCUGAUCAGCGUGAAUGUUGCUGCACACAACCUGUCGCUCUUUUUUGUACAAGAAAAGAAGUAGCUUGCACUUCUCAGGAAUUCAUCCCGCUGUUUCCACCUAAUAAGUUAGUAUCUUUGUUUCAUGAGAUUCUUUCAGACUGCAGUUGAAGCCUGACAAAAUAAACUUAAUUUUCAAAUCAUA